CUCCUGCUCGUAGAGCUCCUCUCCACCAGUAACUACUACCAAUGCGUUCGUUCAAUGCUUUGUUCGUUUUCUGCCUCGUUGCCGUCCUUGCUGUGUUCGGCCAGGAACAGUCUAUGGCUUCCGAAGUAGCCGUUCCAGUCGCUGCUGCCUCCGCUGAGCAGUUCGAUCAGGCUAAGCCUCUGUUGAGUAAGCAGCAGGAAGAGGAGAAGAAGCAUGAGGAGGUCAUCCAAGAGGUCACGCAGGUGGCUCUCGCCAAGUCGGGCUGGAUGAAGCGUGUUGUGACCCCUACCUUCCUUGCUGGUACAUUUGUCACCAUCAUCGUGUUCACCGUGGUAUGGAUCGGCUCUUGCUGCUUGUACGAUAUCAGGACUCCUGACAGGUUCGCCGCUAAGGCCAUGAACAUUCAUAAGGAAUACUAAGCUAGAGUUGGAGUGGAUUCCACCAGAGUCGUCGUAGUGAUGAAAGUGUGUGGCCAUAAGGCCCGCUUCCGAUUCCUGUUUCACUACGUUGAUACUGUUAAGACGACAGGGAGUAGAUGAACACACUAUUAGAUGGUGUAUAGUUUCAUCACUCUUCGGCCGUCCGAUUUUCUUCCUCACUGAUGCUUGCUCUUCCACCUCAUUAUGCACUCGUGCCCAGUAGAGGGUUGGUAUCUUGGAUGCUGCCUCUUGCUGCUGUGUGUGGUGCUAUUGAGUGGAGGAAGAGAGUAAGGCUAGUUACUAUUGACUUGG